UUAUGGGGCUAGAAGUUUCCUCCGAUUUUUUGUCUUGUCCAACUUGAGUAAUGUGAAAAGAUUUCACAUGUCUGCGAAUAAAUUCUAAGAUAUGUUUACAUAAAGUGAGACCAUCGCUAGCGAUUUAAAGGCUUAAAGAAAAAAAAAGUAAGCAUUUUGUGGAUUUCACGAAGUCCAGAAAGUAAUCAUGUAAUGGAGCCGGUCACAAAAACGUACACGAUUUCCUAAUGCAUACAAAACCGAGUUUUUCCGUCGCCAAGGAGCACCAUGAGGACUUCACCCAUAACAUUGGAGACAUUCACAGUGUGGGUACGACUGACGACAACCCAAGCUUCUCAUCCCUGUUCGAUUCUCAAGGUAAACUUUAGAUAAAGUAACAGUGUUUUUUUUUUGUUGUUUUUUUUAUCAUGCAUUAAUCUCAUCACAAGACUUCAUUAUUUUGCAAUGUCCAAGCUCUACUUUCAUUUGAAACAAUUUGCUUGACAUCCUUUAGUCAACUUUACUUGGCUUGAAAAUUAACAAGAUGCACUUCGAAUGGAUUAAGCUUUUUUUUCUUUUAAUUUUUUUUUGAAUUUAAAGACUAAAUUUUAAAAAUAAUAAUUUUUGUUUUAUUUCGGUAACAUUAAAACCAACUUCAUUGAAUUUCUCAUGAGAGUAGAUUAUUAUAAAAAAAUGCACAUUAUCGCUAACACUAGUCUAAUCCUAUUUAAACGAAAACGAUAAAAAAAAGACAGAGCUUUAACUAUUUUUUGAGGUAAAUUGUUAUCGUUAUGGUUCCUGUUUAAUCCAAAUGACUCGGCUUGAAUGAAGUGCUCAGUUUAUGAAGAUUUACGUUAAGUUAGUUGUUGAUCCCAGACCGACACCGUUAAUCCACCAUACUUAUCCCACAUUUUUAUUAAAUCCUUUAUAUUAAUGUCGCUUAUCUUAGCCUACUUCUGGAUGGGUGGCAACAUAAAUGGAUGGCUAAUUGACCCACCUCCCGUCAACCUAUCGAGCUGAAUCUAGGAACAUAGACCCGUUGCCGAUGACAACUUAUUCUUUCAAAUUUUCAGCUCCAUCCCCAACCGCAAAGAAUAAGUUUUUUCCUUUUUUCCUAGGGGAAGAUAAGAAAAUAUGACGACACUGAGUUCAGGAAUUAAAAUGCCCGACAACUGGACUAAAUGAGAUUCUUUAAGAAAAAUUAUCGCAAAUGCGUUUGGUGCGUAAUAUUUUCUUUGUUUUCUUCUGAAAUUGUUGGUGCAAUAAAUCUGUGGCUUAAAAGUGGGUGGAUCAUUUGAAUAUUAAUAUAAAAUAAUAUAGUUAGAAAUACAUAUAGCAGAUUUAUAGCAAAACUAUGUUUUUAUGGGGUGUUAAAUUCGGAUUUUUUUUUUUGUCCUUGAUUUAUUCCGACUGCUUGAACAAAAAAGGCUUAGGUUGUAGCACAACCAUUUGUGGGAAUAUAGCCAAUGUUAGCAGCCGGUCCUUUCCCCACUUAGAAUUGAAAAUGUCUCAUCAAUAACUUUCUCACUGGCCUAACGAGUCCAUUCAAAACCACUACUUCUUGGUCCAUUCCAAACAGCUACUUCUUGGUCCAUUCCAAACCACUACUUCUUAGUCCUUUCUAACCCGCUACUUCUUGGUCCAUUCCAACCCGCUACUUCUUGGUCCAUUUCAACCCGCUACUUCUUGGUCCAUUUUAACCCGCUACUUCUUGGUCCAUUCCAACCCGCUACUUCUUGGUCCAUUUUAACCCGCUACUUCUUGGUCCAUUCCAACCCGCUACUUCUUGGUCCAUUCCAACUCACUACUUCUUGGUCCAUUCCAACCCACUACUUCUUGUCCAUUUCAACCCGCUACUUCUUGGUCCAUUCCAACCUACUACUUCUUGGUCCAUUCCAACCCGUUACUUCUUGGUCCAUUCCAACCCACUACCUCUUGGUUGAGAGGAUGAUAACGCUUUGCGCUAUUAAAGACCUAAAGAUGAUGAUACAAUGACCCUCUAUUUACGAACGUGUAAUGAGGUCAUUUUAUGUUUGGGUGAGUUCAUAAGAAUGCCAACAUCAGUAAUUGUUAGAUUGUAGUUGAUGCCUCUACUUUUCCCCCAUCGCAGUGCUUGAUUCGCCGUCAGCUACACUACAACUGAAGCACAGACGCUGUACGAUGCUCAGUGUUAGAGAGAGGAUCUUCUUGUGUCUCAUCGGAGUACUCACCCUUGCCGGACUGGUCGAGCUGCAUUUUAUACUGCUACAGAUUAGAUCUGACGUGGGGCAGGCUUGUCAGCAUGUACCUGGGAUAACAUGGGUAUAACAGUGUUGUCAUUAUUAGCUAGGAUAAGAUUGGCGUAACACAGUUGUCAACAUCAGCAGGGAUAAGAUGGGUUUUACAGUAUUGUCAAUAUUAUCUGGGGUAACAUGUGUAGGAUAGUGUUGUCGAUAUUAGCAGGGAUAAGAAGGGAUUGGCCAUAUUGUCACAGCUAUGGUAUCAUGGGAAGGACAGUUUUAUCAAUAUUAGCAGUGCUAACAUGAUGUGACAAUGUUGUCAACAUGUCAGUGGUAUAUCAUUAAUAUGACAGUGUUAUCACAGACCCCCUACUUAAUACCCUUACUAUCUGUCACUAUUAUAUUAUAAAUAAUAGGCGAGAUGUUAUUUUUCAAACGGUGACUAGUUUAAGUUAAGCGUUCACAAUACCCAAAAUAAGAAAUAUAUAACCCCACAGAAUAAAUAAGAUACAUACUUUAAAUCACUUCACUUAAAUCUCAAUUCUUGUGACACAUUCACAGCGUCUCCUUUCAAUUCAAAAUAUUUGAUCCAAAAUCUUGAUCUACAAUCACAGUUGUUUUUUUUGGGUUUUUUUUGUUUAUAAUGGCCGCCAAACAUUCAAAAAUUGUUGCUCUCCACCUGACCAAAUCAAACAAUCUGAUUGGCUAGUCUUCAUAAGUCCCAAUACUAUAUGCACAGGACUAUAGAGUAUUAAUUAUAUCUUCAAUCCGUUGCCUUCCAUCCCUCGUUCAGACAUUUAUUAUGAUAUCCCGGACACUAUCCUUAUAUUCUUGUCAGUAUAUGGCUUCAAAUGAUAAUUCGUCAUUUUAUAAGUUUAAUUUGCCUUAAUAAUAUUUUCUUUGUGAUCUGUAACUAUUGAAGGUAUCCGGCCACAAUAUAUUGAUUAGUGUGGCUUGAUAAUUAAAUCACUUGUCCCACCCCCCCCCCCCCAAAAAAAAACACAAAAAAAACAAAAGAUUUCCCUUAAAGGGAAAACAAUAUGAUAAUAUUUAAUCACGCUAGUUUAUCAAUGAUCAUAAUAUUACGUCACUUAUAUAGGGCAAUGGUUCUCAACCAGUGGGUUGCUACCCCUUUGGAGGUUGACCGACCCUUACGCAGGGGUCGCCUACGACCAUCGGAAAACACAUAUUUAUGAAGUAGCAAACGAAAAUAAUUGUAUGGUUGGGGCUCACCACAACAUGAUGAACUGUGUUAAAAGUUCGCGGCAUUAGGAAGGUUGAGAACCUCUGAUAUCGGGAGUUGAUUAUGGCAUUAUUGUUUUGGGAGAACUUUUGAGUCAGUAGGGAAAAAAAAAUGUUUUAUUAUAGAGAAGACACCAAAGUCUAAUUCCGAAGUACUUAAAGGAAAUCUCCCAGGACGGAGAAAGCUAACUUUGUGCAAUGAAAUGUACAGGCAAUACAUUAGAAAGUAAGCUAAACAUAAAUAUGGAUUCCAAUCGAGUACAUCAACACAAUGUACGAUCACAAAGCCAGUUACACUUUCCGAAAUGCGAGAAUUUGUAAUGUAACGAACGAUGUGAAUUUUUUAUAAUAAUCUCCUCUCAUGAGAAAUUCAAUGAACUUUUCAAUAAGAAGUUAGAAAAGAUCAUAGCGUGAUGUAACUGAAUCUGAAGACCACAUCACGCUACCAACACAAUACGACACUCGGGAAGUGCUAGCUCUUGAACACUAACGUAACAACGUAGGCACAACACGCUUUUAGAUUGGUGUGAGGGUCCAGACGGGUCUUUUUCUAUUGUGGAGUCUGACGGAAAUACUGCAGCGGUAUUAUUUCCAAAUUUACUGAAUCCCAUUCAUUUAUGACCAACUUAUUGUUGUUAAAUCGCUUUACCCAAGGUGAGAGAUUCCAGCAACUGCUCACAUUACGUGCUGUGUGUAGCUGGUCACGCCUUGGGGAUGCCACCCUGUCCUGAUGGUCAAGUGUGGUCAGCAGAGGUCAUCAAAUGUGUUGAGCAGACAUCAAGCUGGAACGACUGUCCGAACGAGAGAAGGGAUCAAAUCAAACUUGGGCCUCACGGCGUGGCUUUUGGCCAGGGGCGUCUCACCGGUGUUCCACUAGAAGCUGGUGUUCCCUCAGGAGCUGGUGUUCCCUUAGAAGCUGGUGUUCCCUUAGAAGCUGGUGUUCCCUUAGAAGCUGGUGUUCCUUUUGAAAUGGGUGUUCCAUUAGAAGCUGGUGCUCCGUUAGACAGUGGUAUUUUGUUAGACAGUGAUGUCACCUUAGAAAGCGUUGUUCCAUUGGAAAGUGAUGUUUCGAUCGACAGUGGUGGUCAGUUAGAAAGAGGAGUUUCUUUAAAAGGACCUGGACCUAGCCAAAAGGUUUCGUUAACGGCACUGACAUCAACAAUCAACUCGCAGGGAGCGCCCACUACCAAUGUGGCACAGUCUGAACAGCAAGGGAAGUCCAGAGUAAAACAAGGACAAUCUCUGAAAAUGAACCAUAAACCUAUCACAAAACAAGGGCAAGCAACUGCAAGAAAAAGCAAAACUCCACAAAGAGCACCAACACGCAGGAAGUCGUUAUCUUCCGCUAACAGGAAAAAGCAACAUGGCACUGUACAAAGUACUUCAGUGCCUGCCUUUAGCGACACGAUACAAAGUACUUCAGUGCCUGCCUUUAGCGACACGGUACAAAGUACUUCAGUGCCUGCCUUUAGCGACACGGUACAAAGUACUUCUGUGCAUGCUUUUAGCGCCACGGUACAAAGUAUUUCUGUGCAUGCCUUUAAUUUAGAGACGGAUUACUCAAAGAAUGGCAAGGGUACUCGUACAAAUCAUACUGGCACAAGGGAAGCUACACUUAAAAUAAAUGAUUCCUCGCGAAAAGAUUCCGGCUUAUUCCCCUUAUUUCGUAGUGUAAGUCAUCAAGACAACCAUUUAUUAACUCCCAUGAAGAAUGUGACAAGUGUCAAGGUCCCAGUGGUCCUGUCUAGUGGUGUGAGGGGACAAGACACACAUGUCUUAGAUAAUAGAUUGAACCUUGAAUGGUCACGGCCUAAUGGGGCUAGAUUAUCAGACAGUACCAACAAUGCCCCCAGGAUAGAAAGUACCAACAAUGCUCCCGGGACAGAGAGUACGAACAAUGCACUCGUGAUAGAAAGUACAAACAAUGCACUCGGGAUAGAGAGUACAAACAAUGCACUCGGGACAGAAAGUAUAAAAAAUGCACUCGAGAUAGAGAGUACCAACAAUGCACUCGGGAUAGGGAGUACCAACAAUGCACUCGGGAUAGGGAGUACCGUCAAUGUACUCGCUACCGACAGUAACAACAAUACAUUUAGGUUAGUGAAAAGUCCCAUUUUAAGAGGGCGCAUUCUACUUUCGAGAAAAGCCAAUUCCAGUAUAAGCAUAAACGAUCCCAGUUUAGGAACAGCUGAUCCGAUUCUUCGUCAGAAAAGUCGUCUUUUGAAGUUAGAUGAAACCAGUAUUAGACAAAAUGGUCCAAAUUUGAGAAAUACAGAUAUUAAUCGAAAACAAAAAGAAACAAAUUUUUAUUCUGAAGAUUAUAGUUUUGACCCUAGGGAUACUAGCAUUUAUCAAGUAGACCAUGGGUUUCAAAAGAUAGAGCCCAGUUUUGAACAAGAAGACGCAAGUUUUCAAAAAAUAGUGCCUAGUUUUGGAGAAGAAGACCCUAUUCAACAAACACGUCUUAGUUUAGUGGGAAAAGACGGUAGCCUUCAACAAACAGACUUCAGUUCUGUCAACAAAAAUACAAACAUUAGUCAAAGAGAUCCCAUUAUGAGACGACCAGAUAUUGAUGCAAAACAAAAUAAUUCAAAUUUUAGAAAGCCACGUCCCAGUUCGAGGCAGCCAUCUUUGAAUCCCUUGGAUGGGGAUCACCGUUCAAGACGUAAAGAGGUCAAUCAAAGACAAGAAUUUGAAGAGUGGAGACGCGUGGUGCCAGACUUAAGGAAUGGCGCUGACAAUUCAAGACAAACAGAUCUGUCCGAAGAACACAUGGAAUCGAGACAAGAAAUUAUUCACGGCAACAACAGUUUUGAAAUUCAAAAUCUGAGUGAGCAAAAAACAGAUUCCAGUGCCAGGAUAUCUGAUCAAAAUAAAGAAGCAGAGGUUCUUAGUUUAGAACUUGAGGGUCACCAUAUAAGACAACCUGAUACUGGAGAUAGGAACGAAAAUUCAAGCUAUGGGCUGUUGGUGGACAGUCUGGCACAAGCACGGUAUGCAGGUAUGGAACCAGACCAGAAGGAAGGACGGGUCACGUUUAAGAAGGGAGCACAGGACGGGUUUGAAUUGAAUCACGUGGAUUCUGAUUUGGGAAUAGAUCGUCUGAGACUGAAGCUAGUGCAAAAUGGCAGACGUGAAUCGACGUCAAGUUUGAUCAACUCAGCUCCGGAGUUCAGGGAGAUGGGGGCGUCUGAUGUGAUGAAGCAAAGCCCCUCAGUGCGCAAAAAGGGGCGUGACGCGGUUCAUGACAUCGGACUCGAGAGUUUGUCCGAAUCGGAGUCGCAUAAAAUUAAGGGAGAAAACCGUGUCUCCAUCAAUGAUUUGCCAGAAUUUAAGGACCUUCAAGUUUUAAUGACGGAAGAGACGACAGCUAGAAAUAAAACAAAUGAAUCUGACACCGUGCCAAGUCUAAGAUCGGCAUCACCACCAAGCAUGACAGCUGCGCUUAUUGAAGGUAAGGCCACGUAUUAUCUUAAAAUCAUGGCUUUUUUAAAAAUAAAAUGUUUCAUUAUUUAUUAGCUUGUCUCGCAUUUGUGGCUUACAAUGUCGACAAAGCUACUGAAUGAGCGUUGCCAACUUUUGCUAUAAAAUAUUAUUAGUUUAUACAAUUGCACAUAACGUCUUUGGUUAUAAUUGGCUUCAAAUUUAAAUGGAUUCUGCUCAAACAACGACCAAAGAUUGUUAGCAAUUUUAUUUUAAUAUCAUACUUGGAGACAGGCGCUCUAGUUGAAGUGAUUUCAUUUUCCUAAAUGGUUAAAGUACAUGCUUGAAAUUGAUGGGGAAAACUCCUGUUUAAUAUUAAUGGGAAAACUAGAAGUUUAUAUCUUGGAAUAACUAGAUAUUUCAUGUCAACGGAAUAAACUAGAUGUUUCAUACUAACUGGAAAAAAAGAUAUAUAUAUGAAUAAUAUUUUCUACUCCUCGUCGUGUGUUUCCACACAACAGAGUUCUUCCCAAGCCAUCCCUGUACGUUCGUUGAAAUCCCGUCCUUCUUGCCCCACCCCCGAGCGUGUCACUGGUUCUACAAUUGCUCAUUCUCGCCCGCGGACCCCAAGUGGCACACCGUUGAGCCCAUGACGUCAGAGUGUCCCUAUCCAUUGCUGUUCUCCCUGGUCACGCGGACCUGUAUGCCGUACAGAGAAGUAGACUGUGGCACGCGUGUCGAGUACAAGGCACCGUGUGAGUAAUAAAACACAUUGUCAUUGUUUCUACUUCAUAGGUUACUACUAAGUAAUACAAACUCAUUUUUGUGACCACUACGUUAGCAUUACUUAAUACAAAGUAAUUUUGUGACCACUGUCAUCAUACGUUAGCAUUACUUAAUACAAAGUAAUUUUGUGACCACUGUCAUCAUACGUUAGCAUUACUUAAUACAAAGUAAUUUUGUGAGCACUGUCAUCAUUGGUUAGUACUACUUAAUACAAACUCAUUUUGUGGGCGUAUACUAUUAGAGCAACAUACGUCAAGAUCUUAGCUCUUCAUUAAUAGGUGAUACCCUAUCACAAAGAAAGACUGCAGAAGUGUAAAUGAACACCAAGGUUUCGAAUGAAAUAUAAACGAAAUUUAAAUUUUUUAUGUUUAUUAUUUUUGAAAAUAUUCUUUUAAAUCUUUUAAAUAUAUAUAUUUCAUAUAUAUAUAUUGUUUUAUUUUCUACUAUUGAGUAUUAAAAUGUAAUCAUUAUAAUAUUGACAAAAGUAGAAUUAUUUACUUCUACCUUCAUCGAAUGCGUACAAAAUCCCGGUUGAAGGGACUUAACCCGUUACCUGGACAAAAAACGUUAAAAAAGUAGAUCUAAGAUUCCCCCCCCCCCCCUUUUCCCACCAGUUCACUCAAUCAUGAAGCUGGCGCGAGCAACCACGAGAAUUCGAGUGACAGUGUCAACAGGCCUCCGAUGACCCAGUAGUAGACGCAAUGUUGACACAGCUCAGUUUCAAAGAGACGAUCAACAAGUUGGAAAUUAUCAUUUGAGAAAAAAAUGUCACAUGUGUAAAAAAAAAAAUAAUAAAAAGCUGUUGGAUUUCACACAUUCAAACACAAGAUGGAAAUGCAAGGAGAAUGAAAAUCUUUUAUAAAAAUAGCAGAAAGGUUUCGGGGAUUACCGCAACCACUACAGCACUGAUUAUCUAUAAUAAUGAUACCCUAUUGGAUUUUUUUUUGUCCGCACCGUGCUGCGCUAUCUUUUGCUGCUCCCGCCGUCGUGCGCUUGAUCAUGUACGCGCCAAAUGCAGACAAACGUGCAAAUUUGUUUUCCACCGUGCUGUGUGCCGUGCUUUGUGUCGACUUGAGGUUGCUCUACUAAGCAUUGGUGGACAUAUGGAGCGUGAUCUGGAAUUAUUAAUCUCGAUUAUUCACCUCUACCCGUAGUUUACACACUCGACGUAGUUGCGUUGCCGCAGUUAAUAACGGGAUAUUUAGCAAUUAGUUAAAUCGUGUAGUUUAACGUGGAAUGUAACGAAGAGACAAACAUUACACCUUACAGCAUACAACUGUAUAAAAUGUUAUAAAAGUCAACUGCUAAAAUUGAUAUUGUAUUUAAUCAGGUGCUACUGUUGAUAGUUUAAUUUCUCAGGUGCUACUGUUGAUACUGUAUUUAAUCAGGUACUACUGUUGAUACUGUAUUUAAUCAGGUGCUACUAUUGAUAGUAUAUUUAUCAGUUGCUACUGUUGGAAUUAUAUUUUAUUGAUAGCAUACUCUAUCAGGUGGUACUAUUAAUGUUCUAUUUAAUCAGGUGAUUACAGAGAGAACACAUGCACAUUACCUACCUGCCCCCGAUGUGAAUCUCAGCUGACCAGCUGUGAAGGUGUAGAGGACGGCCUUCACCCCUACCCCGGUAGAGAGUGGACACCCUGGUUUGUCUCAUGUCAGGACGAGAGGACACUACAGCAGGGCAAGUGCCCUGAAGAGACACCCAUUUUCUCCGUGUUGACCAGGCAGUGCGUGACGUCACGAGAAGUACCGAAACCUUACGGGGGGUCGCUGGACUCGUGUCAAGGUCGACCUGACGGCCAUCAUCCCGACGAGUCUGGAAUCUGCCAUAGAUAUUUUAUUUGCAAGGAUGAACAGUUCAUAAGUUCUUCAUCGUGUGGAGGUACUUUAAUGUUGUUGUUUAAAAACAAAAGAAAAUGGGAUGACCUUAGUUUUGUAACAUUCAAAAAUAAUAUCAAACAUAACGUAUCAUCUUCAGUACUUUGACCUUGUUUGUUAAGGCCCCAAUCUAUAAUAAAUGGAUGCAUCCACAGGUUACUCAAACCCCUUUAUUAAAAAAAAAAUGUUUAUGUUAUUAUUACGCCACUUAGAUGGACUAGUGAGUAGACAGAUGUUAGAUUGACAUAAUUAUUUCAGCUUAACUGUUGCAUGAAAUAGGUGUACCGUCAUUAUUAUAUUUCAAAAAAAUAAUUCAAAUACUUUAAUUUCAUAUAUGAAUAACAAACUUUCUAAAAUAAUUUUUUUGUGUAAGCAUAAAAUAUUAAAAUAUAUAAGGAAAAUAUAUAUUUAUAUUCAAACAAAUUAUUGCUUUAAACCCUGUGCUGCAUACAGCAAUGUAAAGUUUUUUGUUUGUUUUUUUUUUUUUUAAAUGUUGACCUUAAAGUAACUUACCGCUUGUAAUAGUGAAGCGAGUGUUGUGCUAACAAACUUAUCUCAUUCAACAGAGGGGUUGACCUUUGACCCCGACACGUGGAGCUGUAAUGGGUCGGCCAUCGUCCCACCGUGUGGCCCCAUCACCUCCACCAACGUCUCGGACAGGUUCUGCGCUGGCCAGCACGACGGUUUCUACGCCGACCUGUACGGCCGGUGCUCACUGUACUACGAAUGCAAGCAGAGGCGGCUCAGGUCCUUCCUGAAGUGCCCCUACGGCUCUUUCAACCCUAGAACCCACGCCUGCGACCCAGGUUUGGACAUGUACGCCCCGUGCGGCCUGCGCCCUAAUCCAUGCAUGGCCAAGUAAGUCCUGUCGCAGCUUGGGGAUUACGUCAGACGUGUCAAAUUGGAAUCAUUAUCAGCAACGACGACUUGGUGUUCUCCGUCCUGACUUAAACGUCUUUACGACUAAUGCUUUCUGGGAAAUAAAAAUCUCUAGACCUUAAUAUCGAUUUGUAAUUGCAAUAGAAAUCAAUUGAAUAUAUUUUUCUUCCAUGUCUUAAUGUGUUUUGUUUUUUUAAUUAUAUUAAUUAAAUGUGUUCUAUUAACAAUUUAAAAAGUUAAAUUUAUGUAUAAAUGCAAAUACAUUGUCUGAUAGAAAUAGAGAUUAUUCAUGUUAUGAAGACUGAUUAAAUUUGACUCAGUUCUUUUUGGGUUCCCAUCAAACGAACCCAUCAAAAAAAAUUGAAACGAUGUUCAGCUAACAGACUGCGUUUCAGAAACACGAAGAGCGGCUACGAGAAAUGCGUGACACUACGGCUCAACCGGGUGCAGUUUUUUUUUUUUUUUACACCGGGUCCGGGUAUUUUUAGAAAUAGGCUUACAAACAUAUACCCUAUGCCCUACCAGCCAGCUUUUAAACAGUAGGCCUAUCGACAGUCCUACAACCUACCCGUCAGCCUUUAAACAAUAACCCUACAGACAGUCCUACGGACAAAUUACAGACAGUCCUACAACGUGGCUCUUUAUUGAUUCAUAUAAUAUAAUAUAUAUAUAUAUAAUAUAUGAAUAGAAUAUAUGAAUUAUAUUAUAAUAGUCGCCCCCACCUAAAGAUUCACAUGUCACGCAUGACAGCCUUUUCCCAAUCAGUAUUAUUAAUACCAAACAUGUGAAGUUGGGAGGGGGGGGGAGGGUGGUUUCGGAAAGAAAGCAGGACACACCAGAAGCAAAAUAUAUACAAGAGCUCAUGUAGUCAUUCGUGUUAGUUCACUACAGACAAAUGCUCUUUAGAAUAUCAAAUACUUCCACACUUUUCUCCGUAGGUCAGAUGGUCUGCACACAGAUCUCAACUCAAACUGCGUUGCUGUCAUCACGUGUCGUAAUGGCUACGUCUCCAGGAUAGAACCAUGUCCUGAUGGACGUGUGUUCGACAGCGCUACCAAGAAGUGUCAACUGCCCGACUUAGCGGCGUCCCCUUGUGGAUUAGCGCCGACUUGCCUGGGAAAAGUACGCCAUCUUUAUUUUUACUGAUAUAUUAUUACUGAUAGAAAGCGAGUCAAUUGUAUUUCUUUAUGAUAAUUUUAUUUCACGUGUAAAGAUUUUGAGAGGCAUUUAUAUUGUCCUUAUAUCCGUGGUAUGUUAUCUAGUAAACACUGACGACAGUGAAUGCUGCUUUCGACUUGAGGGUCACCAACAAGACUCGGAGCUCAUUUUUGCUCUGUCAUUCAAAAUAUGCAGAUAUUACAUUUAAACACACUUAACUAAUCAGUAGUAUUACUGACUAAGCAGUUGUUGAAAACAUUGAAUUCAUCUAUCCAACUACUUACUUCAGGCAGAAGGCAAACAUGGAGCCCAGGCUAAAGGCUGCCAACAUUACUACACCUGUGCCGAUGGCGUUAUCACUGGAUACGGUCAGUGUGACCUGGCUGAGGGAGGGUUUUUCUUUAAUCCAGACACUAGAAGCUGUGACUUCCCUCAGAACAUCUGCCCUCCUUGUGGCACAAGUUUAUCUCAGAACUGGUUAGUCUCAGCUAUCCAAUCGAAAUUACAGUUUGACACCACCAAUGUCCAUAGUGUAUCAUAUACAUAUAUAUAUAUAUAUAUAUACAUAUAUAAGAGAGAGAGUGUGUGUGUAUGUGUGUGUGUGUGUGUGUGUGAGAGAGAGAGAGAGAGAGAGAGAGAGAGAGAGAGAGAGAGACAGAGAGAGAGAGAGAGAGAGAGAGGACACUUUAUUUUACUUUGACAGCUCAUUCAUUUGUAUUUGAGAUUUGGAUUCAUUUGUAUUUUUAGAUUUCCAAUUGCAUACUCCAAAAAAUUAAACUAUAUCAUUGUUUUAAAAAAGCCCAACUAAACUUUAUUGAUAUUCUAUUUAUAUUUCAGUACCAAAGUUUGACAAACUUCAAGUGACAACUCAGGGGGUCAAGAAUGGACGAGGAUAUGUCAUUGUUAAAUCAAAGUAUUUAGUUGUUAGCUUCAUCGUAUGACAUCUGAAUACACAAAAAAAAAAUAAACUAUUCCACUCCGACUAAAGAAUCGCUUGCCAUAAAAUCUGUUGACGAUGAACAUUUUGGGUGUUAAAAUAAAUCUAAUGGUUUAAAAA